UUCCGUUUCUAUGUCACUUAUGUUACUUUUUUGAGUGUACGAAGAAUGUUCGUGAAUGUUUUUAAUUUUAUGUGAGGGGUACAGUGAUAUAUAAGAAGAAAAGUGUUUUAUUUUUAAUACUCUAAGCCAUUCAAUUGAUACUGACGUUAGGAUGGAAUUUUAAACGUAAGGUUUUUUGGGAAAAUAUAAGCAUAAAUGUAUUUCAAAUAUAUUUUAAGUCACAGGACUCUGGCCCGGGACUUGAUACUGGUAUACAUUAAAGAUUACUUAUUGUAAGGGACAGUCUUUCACGUAAAAAGUGAAACAAAGAGGUAACAGCAGAUAAAUUGUGAUCAAAUUAUUUGAAUCAGUAAACAAAUAAAUGCGAAAGCGUUCAGAGUUUCCUAAACCUUCGUGAAUAUGACAUGAAAACCCUUUCCCGAAAAAAUACAAUAUAAGAGACUUGAGUUCAUAAAAUGAUUGUGAUUUUGAUUGUGAUAUCACUGCUACCAACUGUUCCUUGCACCGAUAACGAUGCUAUUACAGAAGUGUUACCAAACUCCACAAUAUAUAGCGACAAGUAUAAUAUUCCACCCAGCCAAAGUAACAACACUUUACACGCCUACAAUCGUCCUAACAGAUCAAACACGGAACUUGUGGGACGCAAAUAUUCAAAUAGUUCAGAAGUGGAGUACUUUGGGGUACAGAAAGUUUCCCAAAACGCGACGGAAGAAGACGCGGGGGCUGCUGGGGGUCUGCUCGACGACUUAGUGACGCAGAGCUUCACACCAGAUGAGGGUGGGAGCAAGAGUGGUCUGGAAUGGUUGCACAACGUGUACAACCCCCAUCUGUGGGGAGCCUCGCCUCCAGGUGACCUGCGUACAAAGUGUAGAGCGGAUAUGAAGCUAUAUUUGGCCGCCCUCAACAAUGGCACGGUCUGGGCUGCCAAGAUGACGGACGCCAGUGGACGCUAUUCAUCGCAGUUCCUUUUUGGAAAUAAUUUCUGGCUUGGAUCUCACGCGCUCUGCGAUGAACUACAGCUCCGAGACUCGAACCCAGAACCUCCUCAGUUUAGAGUGGCUUUUCAUGUUGCCAAAUUACAGGUGGCACUCUCCGCAAGUCUUUCGCCAGCGAGUCGUCAGGUGUUUUUGGGGCUGUGUCUACCUCAGUCUUGUGGUCCUGCCGACAUCACGUCACUACUGCGGCCAAGCAGUGCCCUCCAGGUGCUGAGGGUGCGGCCUGUCCCUGGUGACUACAGCCUACUAGCGGACACCAAAUUCCACAUCCUGGGGGGUGUAUUAGCUGUAGUGUGUGUCCUGAUAGCGGUCGGGUCCUGCUAUGAGCUGCUGCUUUCUCGUAGCCAAGACAACAGACAGGCAGACGGCACGGUGCUGCCAAACUGCAAGGAGAAAGUAUCUCUCGGCUUACUGUCGCAGUUACUGCUGUGUUUCUCUGCGGUGCGUAACGGCUACAAGAUCCUCAACUGUAACACUCCAGAAGAUUCGUUGACGUCAAUCCAUGGGCUACGAUUCCUUAGCCUCGCCUGGGUCAUUCUCGUACACACUUACCUUCAGGUGUUCGCCAUCGCCGAGAACAAGACGCUGCGAACUGUAACAGAGAGAAACUUCAUGUUCCAGACAAUCAGCAACGCAACGUUCUCCGUGGACACGUUCUUCUUCAUCAGCGGUCUGCUCGUCACAUUUCUCUACUACCGUACGGCAACAAAGCAGCAUCAACCGAGCGACAAGAGAUGCAGUUUAAAGGAUGACUCAGUCAAAUUUCUGAGGCUUCUCUUCUACAGGUUUGUUAGGCUGACUCCCGCAUAUCUGUUUGUGUUGGGCUUGGUAGAAGUUGCCAUGCGGGCACUACACAACAGUUCCGUGUUCGAGCCCAAGAUCAUGGACCAUCUGAACUGCGACAAUUACUGGUGGCGGAACGCUCUUUAUAUCAACAGCCUGUAUCCGCGGCGCGAGAUGUGCAUGUUGUGGAGCUGGUACAUGGCGAAUGACACCCAGUUCUACGUCUUGGGAAUUCUACUCUUGCUGGUGUCAGUCAGGUACUUCCGAGUCGUGGUAGCAGCCUGGACAUUGUUUCUAGUUAGCAGCUGGUGCACCACUGGGUUCAUAUCAUACCAGCACCAGUAUAUCGCCAGAAUACAGGAGCCAUUUGCUCACUUCGACGCCUUGUACGACAAACCCUGGACAAGGUUGGGGCCUUAUCUUGUUGGCAUGGCGACUGGCUGGCUACUGCAUGAAACAAAAUGCACCCUGAAGAUGCCAACCGUGGUCGUAAUCAGUGGGUGGACCUUGUCUCUGCUGUGCAUGUUCAGCCUCGUAUACGGGCUACUGCACGUUCAGCUAGGGAUACUGACUUCAGCAGCCUACGCAUGUCUGGGGCAUACCGCCUGGGGGCUGGGUCUUGCUUGGAUCGUAAUUGCCUGUUCCACCGGCUAUGGCGGUGUUGUGAACAGUCUUCUGUCGUUCCGGGCGUUGUUCCCACUGAGUCGCCUCACCUACUGUGCGUAUCUCACACACCCACUCAUCAUGGUGGUUACAGGAUUUAGCAUGGAUGGACCGCUCCAUCUCCACAACUUGCUAGUGUUCAUCCUGUAUCUAGGCAACACGGUCGCCGCUUUCGCUUUAUCCUUCUUCAUCUCUUUGGCCUUCGAGGCUCCAGUGGUUAAUUUUCUGAAGAUAACCAUGGCAACGGACAAGAAAAGUUCGCAGAACAAUAACACAGGAUGUUCAAAAAAUCACUAAUAACCGACGUAGCAAUUGUUGGAACUGGAUGAUAUCAAAACAUAUUGCUGCUAUAAAUUGUCGAUAUUAGUAUUAAGCGAAAGAAACCAUCCCUGUGGGAAGACGUCAAAUCUCGUAGAUGGACUCGUUUCAAUAGACACCAGCCGUUCCGGUUAAAGGUCUCGUUCAUACUGCACACGCUUCUAGUUCCGAAGAUUUUCUGUUUGCUAGUGUUGUAAUUAUGUAAUGCGAAUUUUUAUAAUCUUGCAAGAAACUGCAAUAUACUAGUAGCUCACGAAUUAGUGUUCCAUGCUCGUGCGUAGAUACAGUCAUACAGACUACAACUCGGGCCAUAUAUAUUUUUUAAAUAAUUGCUUGCGACUGUAAAUAGGUAAUUUUCAGACCAUUAUUGUUAUUAUUAUCAUUUUUAUAUUGUUACGAAUAUACAGUUUCCGAUUACGUUCAACUUGUCUAAUAUAAUCUCAUAGUUUCGCAUCUGUAAUAGUUGACUUACAGACAGUAUUUUAUACAAGACUUUCAAGUAUGUUCACAAUCUAUCUUUAUACCACAUUUUACUCGCAUAGCCCCUGUGGUUAAUUGGUUAUUAGUCAUACUGAAAGCUAAAAAAAAAUCACAUGGACUGUUGUUAUUGGUUGUUAACAAAAAUUAUCUUCAAAUGUUUUAAAAAUGUCAUUUUGUAUAAGUCUACUCCGUUUUAGAUAUUAUUAAAAAAAUCAAUAAUGUUUCUUUUGUAAAUAGCAGUUUACUGGUCCCAAUAUAGGUUACAAUAAAAUUCUUUGUACACAACUUAAUCAAAGUCCAUUUAGUAGUUUCAGAGAUUAUACAUGGGAUGGACAUGGUCUCUGAGUUUAUUUCACUAACCUCAUUGCACCAUAUGAUGUAGGCAUACACAAAUUAUGAAUGUAGUAAUCAUAUGCAAUUUUAAAUAAAAUCCAAAUAUGUAAUUUGCAUUUGUAUUGAAAA